AUGAUAUGUGGUUAUUGUAGUAGAGAACAAAUAUUUACAGAAAAAUGUAAAUUUUGUCAUCUUACAUUAACAGGUAAUAAUUCUGGAAGUAAAUUUUGGGAAGGUGGUAAAGGAUGUCGUAAUCCAAUUACUCUUAGUAAUAAAGAUAGUCAUAAAUAUAAAUUACUUAAUAAAAAAAAAAUUAAAUAA